AAAUUCAAAUUGAUACUAGAUUUUGUUGGCGGAAAUGAGCUCCUAAAUAAUUACAACGAGUUGCUAUUAAUCAAUAACAACGGCAACGACGUUCUACUAUCAAAAUAUAUUACUACAGUUGGCGAUGAAAAGGCCAAUUACAAAAAAGAUAAAUACAACACAAAUGGAAGCAUUAUCCCCAAGGAGAGCUUUUAUAAAAUGUACUACAAAUUCGACUACGAAAAAUUUGAAUUGAAUUUAAAUCCCAAUAAGGUCGAGGAAAACCGAAAAAUCUUGGAAAUGGGUUUGAAUUUGAUUGAGCAAAAUCUAAUCAAAGUGGUAAUUGAUUCAGUGCACAACUGGAAGAACAUUUCCGAGGCCUUGGACAGAGUGGCUCUGCAACACACACAGGGAAAGGUUGUCGUGAAUGUCGACGACUUUUAA